AUGGAGAGGGAAGGCGGCGAUGUCGCCAUGCCAGAGGCGGACGUGCCUCCACCACCGCCAUAUGGAGGAGCGCAGGACAACCGGCCGGCUGGCCCGCCGGUGCAGCCAGUCGGAGGCGAGAUGGCGAUGGGCCCGACUCCUGAGGCCCACACACCAUCACGCCGCCGAGGCGCGAAAGCGACUUCGGCGCCACGACCGCUGGAAGCCGGCGCCGCGAGCUCGUCAGUCCCGGAUGCCGAGGCAACCAGCGCCGCGCCCACUGAAUGGCAGCUGGGUGAAGCCAACACCGCGUUGCGUGCCAAGGAGACAGAACGCAGCGAGCUGGCCCAGGAGCAUGACCGACUGGCCAAGCAACUGGCGGAGCAGGCGGAGCUUCUCCAGAAGGCCCGGAAGGAGGCGGAGGUGAAAGAGUCCAAUCUCCUCGCUGAGUUCAAGACCGAACGCUCCGCCUGGGCCGACAAGGAGGCAUUGCUUACUGCCGGCUUCGGCAGGAUUGAAGACAUGGUUGACGACUUCUUUCCUGGCCACUCUGGCGCCACCAACCAGGCCAUUGAGGCUUAUCGUGAAGAGCGGAGGGCGGAAGGUGCGCAGAUCGCUGCUGACGCCCCCCGGACCCUUAGCGAACAGCUUCUCAGCAUCCAGGAGGAGCUGGUGGCGGUGGAGCGUGAUCUUGUCAGACGGGCAGCGGCGAUUGCCGAGUACACCAACACCAGUGUCUUCGUUCCUGAGCUGGCUGAGAAUGGUGCCGAGGCGCCACCGGAGUGGUUCGGGCUGAACCCGGAGGAUGACGAAGACUCGGCCGAGAUGAUCGACUCCAGCGACGAGGGAGAAGACGAGGAGGACGAGGAAGGCGAAGAAGAUAUGCCAGAGGUCGGAGCAGACGGCCAGCCUCAGCUUGACCGUGCCUCAAACAACGAGCCGCGCUCGAGUGCGCCGACUGUUGCUGGAGGCGACCAAGCGGAGACUGACCAGUCGUCCACUCCACCAACUGGCGCUACCGACUCCGCCAACCAGCAGGACCCCUCUGCUGCUCCCUAG